UUGGCGUAAGAGAAAACAAGCGAAUAGCGCAAGCGAAGUACAGGUGUUUUCGUCCUUGUUGUGUUGUCGACGCAUAAAGAGCCUAAUUUCGCAUUUGCUUGGUGGAUUGGGGUGUUAUGCCGAACAGGACUUCUACCCACGGCUCCUUCGUUAGAUGAUACACGCUCCCUGUCUCACCGAUAUGCCAGUUUGCCCCGCUGAAAAGCGCCAGAGCGUUUUUUGACGCUUGGACCACUUUCUGUGCUACUUUCUACACUGCUGUGAACUCGAUUUUAUUUUCUCGAAACCAGAUUCGUAGGUCUCUGACCUACGAAACCAAAGGUUACCACCAUUGAGCCCAUAGUAGAAGAAGCCCAGUGGAGUGCGAUGAACUUCACGCCCUUCACUGCGCCCUUCACAGGCACAAUUCCUGUGCACCAGUUUACCGCCAAGUUCGCAAAUGCCAACGGCCAGACCACAACGGUGCCGCCCGGCACAGUGGUGCUUAGUGGCGGCGACGGCGGCAUCCAUUACCUGCGUCCCACUGAGGUGGUCAGCCAGGCGGGCACCCUCACCAAUCAGACACUUAUCACGGUACCGGUCAACCUCGAGCAGUCAACCUCAAAAGAAGACGGCACCACCACUGUCGACGCCCAUACCAUCCAGCCCACUGCCACUGUGCAGAAUUUCGAUAACAAUUUCUCCUUACAGGUGUUGAACCACGCCGGCAUCAAGUACAAUAUCACUCCAGUGUCCAUGCAGCAUUUCUCACAGGUCGGUGCCCCUGGCACGGUGCUCACCGUUGCGUACCCUGCUGAUCUGGAUGGAAUCACUGUUGAUGGCAAAGGCACCCAGACCCAGAUGAUCCCUGUGGAGAUCCAAGGGCAAGACCUGUGCGCAACCUUGGUGGUUGCUGCUCCCUCAGGAGAUGCUGAUAAAGAACCAUUGUCUGCUUUUACAGUACUAUUCCGGACACAAGAAGCAGAUGGGUCUUUAUCUGAUGCAUUAAACGGCAUGCCUGUUGAAAAACUAAUCACUAUUAAGAGGGAGGAGGGUACCGAGGACGGCAAAGAGGGUGGCAGCUCCGAGCAACAGAUCGAGCUGCAAGGCCAAACCCUGACGGCUGCCAUGCCCGCUACCUGGCAAAGUAUAGCUACGCCUGGCUCGACAGUGGCCGAGUAUCUGUCACGUUUGCCCGCUUCAACCCUUCCACUCAGCUUGCACCACUUCCUGAAGUUCUCCGCCGAAAGCAUCAAAAGAGAAAAUAACGAAGCUUGCACAGUGACGCUGCCCCCCGCGCAGCCCAUUGUCGUGACGACCCUACCAGACCCGGAAGGAGGCGAGGGCACCGUCACCGUGACCACAGUUGCUGCCCCUGAGGCUACGGAAGAGGCUGAUGCUGCAGGAAAGGCUAAGAAAAGAAGACGUGGCACCAAAAAGGUGAAACAACCGAAAAUGAGACCCGGACAGGUGCAGCUGACCACUGCCCUUGAUGGCACAACGCUGUUCUGUUGCCCAGAGUGCAACAUGGCCUACCCGGACAAAGAUCUGCUAGAGCAACAUCUAGUUGCUCAUAAAAUUGAGAGAAGGUUUAUCUGUGACAUUUGCGGCGCUGGACUGAAGCGCAAAGAGCACCUGGACAGGCACAAGCAGGGCCACAACCCUGAACGACCAUUCAUAUGUUCGGUGUGCAUGAAAGGCUUUAAGCGCAAGGAGCACCUGAACCUGCACUUUGUCAUCCACUCAGGUGAGAAGACGCACAUCUGUCCGGAAUGCGGCAAGGGCUUCUAUCGAAAAGACCACUUGCGCAAACACUCACGCAGCCACCUCGCUAAGAGAAUAAAGUCGGAAAUGAACAACGCAGCAAACUCAACGCAACAGUCGACGCAGCCUCCGCAGCUCAAAAUUGAGGUGAUCCAGCAAGUGCCGUCAGCGGACACAUCCUCGCCCACCGAUGACCCCCUCAAGUUGAUCCCGCUAAGUGAUAAACUUGUGUAACGUCUGCCAAAGUGAUGACGUCUGACUCUCAUCAAAAACAAACAAACAAAUCAAGAAACAAAGGAACUGACGUCGAGUUAGCGUGAAAGUUUGUCUAUUUUUUGUUUAAAUUGUAUUGCAGGACCAGGCCGUCUUCUUAACGAAUCUUGAUUACUAGUAAAAAUAUCAAUCUACACACUAGACAUAAAUUAAUGCAUUACGAUGAUUUUUUAAUUUUAAAACAAUGUCACUGGAUGAGCAACAUUGCUCGGUGCCUGGGCGAAUCGUAGAAUCAAGCCUGAUGGCAUUAAAUUUAUUUUUAUUUUUUGUGCUAAUACUGUGGGUGGUCUCUAUAAACUGCUUUUUGUAAAUGCGUGAUUGACUAAUAACUGAAGUGAGUUGCGUAUUUAUACAAUGCACACGGCAGUGAAGGGCUAAUGCAGUUACUCUCUUGCCAAUGUUUUUUUUUCAUCACAGCUUUUAAGUCGGCUGUUUUAAAGAGACCUGGAAUUUCUUUUAUUUCAAAUACCUACGCACCAAAUGUGAUGCUGAUAAUGAUUCCACUAGCCAAUUCAGCCCAGAUCGAUCUGCGUUCGCUCCCAGGCAGACUUGCUUAAGUUUUCACUAGUGACGAAACCCAAACGGGCCUUACAAUUAUUAAUUUUUAUAUGUUUAAAAUCGCAAUUGUUUGUACAGCAGAUUUUCAAAGUUUGAAGAGCAGCGAUUUUUACACAGCAAGAGACAUCCACUCACACAAAUACAAAAAUUUGAUUACAUUUUUAUUUUUGCAUUGCUGUUGGCGAAAUACAGCGUCCUGAAAAUGAGAGAUAUAUCCACGAGUAAUAUAAAUAAAUAUAUUUAUUGUAGUUUAAAAUCAGAUAAUUACUAAUAUGGGCUAGACUGGUACACUGGGUUUAUAUUUUUAAUAAUCAAUAAUUAGGUGUUGUGACAAAGCAGCAGUCUUAUUUUACUAAUGGCGUACCAGUAUUCAAGCUGCCUGUUUGUUCAUUCGUACGUACCUUUCAUCAAUUGUGUCAAGACGGAAAAUAAUACCUAAUUUGAAACGGCCAAUGCAUUUUUGGAUUUACCCUAUCUUGAUUGUCUCCAAGAAGCAGAAAAUUUGAUGCCAACCGAGUUUUAAAUAAUUCAAUUUAUCAGUCACCUCCUUCAAAUUCAGUCUUGGCAAGUGGCUUGUUCAGACUCACCCAUUGAAUAGAAUUACCAGAGCUUCUUGAUUUCCUCGUUCCAAGUUGUAGAGACUUUACUGCUGUAUAUGCGUUGUUCUCUCAAUUGAAUAAUAUCGAAUUGUUUAUGAUCCCAUAUGAUGGACGCUUUGUCUUUAUUUUCAAGAAGUAAUAGUACCUCUAGCGUUAUUUUUAAAAGGUGAAAAUAAUUGGAAGAUUGUGAAAUGGCCAAAGGUCUGAUAUGUUCUUGAAUUGAUUAAAUAAAGGAAAGGUCUUGUCUCUCUUUCAUAGUUGAUUUAUUGAGUUGUUGUAAAAAUUGUUUUCGGGAUUAAUGCAUUUUUAUUAUUAUUUGAGAAAAAUAAAGUGACAUUACAUUUUCAAAAAA